GACCACCACUUCCGUCUUCCUCCUCCUGCCCGUCGCCCAUCUCGCCGGCGACGACGACGCCGCCGCCGCCACACCAGAGGCCACCCACCACAGAGCCGGCGCCACCGCUCCAGGGUCCCGUCCAUCCGCGGGGAUAGGGGACUAGGGCGUGUGGUGGGGGAUCCUGCUCCUCGGCCCUUCACGGAUCGAGCCCGCCGGCGAUGGGGGUGGUGAUCGAGCGGGAGGAGUGGGCGCUCACGCCCCUCGCCUACCCGCUCCUCUCCGCCGCCUCCCUCGCCGCGGUGCUCCUCCUUCCCUGCUUCUCCCCACCGUCGCACUCCACCGGUGGCGCCGCCGCGUCCUCGUCGCACCCCCCCUCCCCCUUCGACGUCGGCACCACCCCGUUCCUCCGCUUCCGCCGCGCCUUCCUCUUCGUGUUCUCGCUCGCAUCCGUGGCGGAGGGGAUCCAUUCCGUGUUUGGGGAGGACGAGUUCACGCGGUGCGGGCUCGGAAGGGAGCAGAUGGCCUCACGGCUCGCCGCCGCCGCCGCCGCUGCUCUCUUCCUCGGUGGACUUUCCGGCGUCGUCUCAGAUAAACUAGGACCACGGCGGGCUUGUAUAUUCUAUUGGACGCUUCAACUUGCAGUGGGUACCUUGAAGAGUUUCAGUGGGCUCCGUUGUGCCUGUAUAAACAAUUUGAUUUCAGCCCUUGCCUCAUCAAUGUUCUAUUUCUGUUUCGAGACAUGGUUUGUGGCAGAGCAUGAGAAGCAAGGUCAGAAGCAAGAUUUGUUGUUUGAUUCCUUCUGGCUGAUGACAUUCUUUGAGUCAAUGUCCCUUGUUGGAAGUCAGGGAAUCACAAAUCUGUUGGUUCAUGAUGAUGACAAGGGUUUUUUGCUACCCUAUGCAUUUGCAGCCUUACUGUCAGUAGUUAGCAUUCUAUAUAUCAGAAAAAAUGCAUCAAGUACCACUCAUCAUGCAUCUGUCAUUGGGAGCUACCAAAAAUCGUUUUUCGCUCAUGUCUUCAGAGACAAAAGAGUACUGAUUCUGGUCUUAGCUCAAGCAAGUAUACUUUUCUCUAUGUCAGCCUUUUGGUUUCUCUGGGCACCAACCAUAGUGGCCGACGGAAGGGAUGCUCAACUGUCACUAAUUUCCCCCUGUUUUCUUGCCUCAAGAAUGUUUGGAAGCAUUAGCUUUCCAUGGUUUUAUGGAGCCACAGCUCCUUUUCGGAAUGAGGACAGCCUAACAACAGCAUUCAUUACUGCUGGGAUCGCUUUAUCAAUUGUGGCUUAUGAUUAUCAGGAGAUUGGGACACUGGUGAUACUGUUCUGCAUCUUCCAUGCAUGUGUAGGCUUUAUUCUGCCUUCACUAGCACGACUAAGAACAAUGUACCUGCCAAAUGAACUACGUGGGGGCAUGAUGAGCUUUUCUCUAGGACUGGCAAAUGCUGCUCUCUUCAUUUUCCUAAUGCAGGGCGCAUACCAUCAAAACAUUGCAAAUUCAACCAUUCUAGGAUUUGCGGCCUGUGGCCUUCUAGUGUCUGGGGGUUGCAUUCAUAUGCUGAGGCGGCGGAGAAAGCAUCCUCGGCAAGAUACACGCAGUCUGUAGGAUCUUGGGCUGAUACUGUGAGAUUACACAACUGACUUCAGGUUGUCUUUGUAGCAUCUCGGAUUUUCCACGUUUCUGUUUUUUUUUUCUAUAAUAGCAAUAUUGUCUUCGUUCUGUCAACUGCUGUGCGACUCAUCGUAAGAUAGAUGUAGGAUACAGUACCAUUCUCUGUCCACAGAAAUGGUUCCAUCGAUGGCUGAAACAUUCUGUAGACAUGUAAAGCUCCCUCUAUUUUUUUUCUUUGUUUUUCUGGAUAUUCUGAUAUGUGACAAUUCCAUUUUUCUUCUUUCAUUUAUACCUGAUACAGUGACGCAUUUUGUUUCUGGUGAUAUGUCUGUUUAUUCACUCGGGCUACACCAAACAUUCGUAUAUCAUCAUAAAGACCUGUAGCCCUGCUCAACAGGGCACCCAGGAGUCCAAGACAGCAACCACUGUACAGUGUACUAGUACCUGAAAAUUAAUUUAUGUACUCUGUCAAGACACGUGCAUAAACUACUGUUCUUCUGCUAUACUUUUAAUCUUUGAUCACGAUCAAGCUGUGUCGUUAAUCUUAUUCACAUCUGGAGAACAACUUUGCACUGCUGUUCUUCUUUUCAUUUGGAAAAGUAGUGGCUAGCUUAGGGCAAUUUUAACAGUA